AUGUAUGUGUUGACAUGCAUAAUCAUCGCUAUCGGCCUCCCUUUGACCCUGGUGGCCAUCUAUGCUCUUUAUUCUAUGGCGAGAAGUGAUCAUGUUGCUCCCAUCUACGUCAUCAACCUUCUCAUUACCGACCUGAUUCAGCUCUGCUGCAUGAUCGUUGAGGUGGUACCAACUGUGGAUGAGAUUAUAUCUUUGGUCUUCUAUUGUAUUUACCUCUCUGCUCUGUUUGCCAGUGUUUACUUCAUGGUCUGCAUCGCCCUGGAAAGGUAUUUGGUCAUCGCCCACCCACUGUGGUACCGCUUUGGACGAACCAUCAAGAUCUCUGCGGUGGUCUGUGUCCUGGUCUGGAUCCUUUCUCUUGUCUUUGUCAUCCUUUACUAUUUUUUUGAUUAUCUGGUCACAGACAUAAUAUUCGUCACCUUCCUCCUCCUUCCCUUCCCGCUGUUAAUCUUCUUCCUGGUUGGGACCAUCAAAGCCCUGUCUGCUACCAUCUCGGUCCCCUCUGAUGAAAAACGAAGAAUUGUGGGAAUUUUGGUUCUGGUGCUGCUUAUUUAUACGCUGCUGUUCCUGCCCACCAUCAUUUGGUACAUAAAAGAUCUGAAUGAAAACUAUGACGAGAUCCUUGACAGCCUGUCUUUCAUCUUUGUUCAGCUGAGUCCUCUUGCAGACUCAGUCCUGUAUGUCUUCAUGAGGAAAGGGACCAUAGACAAGCUUUUGGCCUCUGUGUGUUGCUGCAGAAUGGACAGCAAUGAUAUCAGCAGGUCAUCAGUAUGAAUGAUGACAACAUUUCCACAGUCAGCUUCAUGUAGGCAGAGAAAGAGGGAGAGAGAGAAA